GUGCUGAUUAAUCCGGACUCAAGGCAUCAUUUUAUGCAGAAAUGGCAUUCUCAUAUUUGCUUCUCUCCUUCACCCUGCAUCUUAUCACAUCUUAUGCUUCAGAAGAAUGGUGCUAUGAAAUCAGGGCAUCCGAAACCUGCAAAGUGCCGAGUGAAUGGAAGGAUGUAUCUGAAAAUUGUGGACAAAAUAAGCAGUCUCCAAUUGAUGUUAUUACACAUAAUGCUGAGUUUGAUUCAAAACUGGAACCAUUCAAAUUUGAAGGAUAUGAUCAGUUAAAGAACUUAAAAUUAAAAAACAAUGGCCAUUCAGCUCAACUAGAACUAGAUAGUGCAAUGAAAAUUUCUGGAGGAGGCCUUUCUGGUACAUAUACAGCUACACAGCUCCAUUUUCAUUGGGGUAGCAAAGACAAGCCUGGAUCAGAACACCAUCUAAAUGGAGCAAAAUUUCCAAUAGAGCUUCAUAUAGUACAUCAACAAGUAGCACGGUCAGAACCCAGUGGAGGGAGCACGGCAACUGGAGGUCUUGCAGUUCUUGGAUUUUUCUUUACAGAGGGUAAAGACAAUGAACAUUACACCAACUUAAUUGGGGCCCUCAGCAGCAUCGUGAACUUAGGGAAUACAACUACCAUUUCUGAUGUAAAGCUCAAAGACUUGAUUCCAGCAGAAGAGGAACUGACACUUUUUUACAGAUAUGAAGGCUCACUUACUACUCCUUUAUGUAACGAGACUGUCACUUGGACAGUGUUUCCUACAACAAUUGAGCUUGGAAAAAGUCAGAUUGAUGCUUUCUACACAAACCUAAAGUACAUUGAUGGCAAACUCAUGACAGAGAAUUUCAGGCCUAUUCAAAAACUGAAUGAAAGAACUAUCUAUACUUCUGGCGUUGAUGCGAUCUUACCUUACAGUGGAUAUUUGCUGAUCUCAUUGCUUGUGUUUUAUUUAACAUCAGAGGGGUCAGCCUCCACCUUAAACUCAUGUUGA